AUGGCGGCGAAAAUAUGUUUCAUAUUUUUCGUGCUGUUUUUUACGAACGUUAAAAGUGAUAGUUUAUUUGAAAAAUCAUACGAAUAUGUCAUGAAUUUAGGAAAGAAUUUGGCGCCGAGUUUUAAUUCGUUUAUGGACUGUUUCGGUGAGAGGGACGCGUGGUCCUGUACGAGGGAAAUGGCGGGAAAGUUACUUGACAGCUGGGAUAAAGAUGUCGACAAACAAAGGAGGCAAUGGGCAGAUGCUGCGGAUGCCGAAGUGAGGUCAUCGGGUAGAUCCUUUGACGAGAUGCCUUCAAAACUUGGCGAGGAGAUCGAACUGUCUCUGACGGGGAUCACUGACUUCGUUCAAAGGGGUAUGGCGAGAGCAUUAUCAAGAAAGAAGCACGACGAUGGCGGUGGUAUCGACAGCAUAACAAUCUCGACAUCAGCUAAUGAAAAGAAGAAAAUGAAGAAGAAGAAACAGAAACCGCCAAAGAUACAGCUGAUCCAACCAGUGAUGAUGCCCAUGAAGAAGAUGGAAGAGAAAGGUCGAAAUUUCGGGAGGGUUCAGUCGUGGGUUGUAGGCCAGAACGAAACAGCUAGACGGGGCAGGGAUCUUAUGACUGACGCCUGGAGUCUUGGAGCGAAAGCGUUGGACGCAAUGGCUGAGCAUGCUUUAGACAGUGAAAAUUCAGAGAAUGGAAUUGUAGAUCGCAGUUCCGUAGAAGAACAAAGAGGCAAGAAGAAGAAGAAGAAGAAGGCAAUCCUGAAACUGUUGAUAUUGGGAGCCGUGCUCAAAGCGAAGAUCGGGACCUUGUUACAGAUUCUAUCGUUCAAAUUACAGGUGAAAUUCUUCAUAAUAGCGCUUAUCGGCUUGGCAAUCAACUUGGCGAGGUUCUGGGUGGAGCUGAAGAAUAAGCACCAACAACCACAGAAGGUGAUAUACUAUGAACAUGCUCAGCAUCAACAUCACUAUGAGCACGAAGAGGAGCCCGGCUGGGGGCCUUGGUCCAGGAGCAUGGAGCCUGAGGAUGCUGAAUCUGAGUUAGGUGAAAAUAUAAACAAUUCGCCGUACCGAGCACACGAGAAGGCGGUCCCGGUGUACCCGCCCCGGCCGCUGCUCACCCUCUCCUAAUUUAAGACAUUAAUUAAUUAAUUUAUUUAUUUAU